GCCAUGGAGAACCUUAUAUGUCCUGUACAACCCACAAAUCCCAUCUUACCAUUUCCCAACAUCUAUUCAUCAUAUUUUCGAAUAAUAUUACGCGGGUAAAUUCUUGCUUAUAGAAAAAAAAAUAUUGUGCAUUUCUUUGCCUUUCUAGUCGCGUUACUUCAGUUAGACUCACUUUCGAUCGCAUCAUUGUUUUCCUCACCUAGUUCCUUGCGGUUCGUUUUACAUUAUAAUUGAUAAUUGCAAGUGUUAUAAAAAAAAAAAGUUUGCCUAUUACUGCGGGUUCUUUUAUUGAUUCCUAUUACCAAAAAAAGAAAAGAAAAAACCCCUAAAGUAACAUUAUUUUUGUCAUUUUACAAUUGGAAUUCUUUAGAAAAAGCAUUUCUUGAAGAGGUUUAUUUGUCUUUUCUAUGCAGAAUUGACUGUUUUUCUUGCAAGUUUUUUUCUGUUCUUACAUCAACCCUUUUUGGCUAAAAACCCUUCACCGAUAGAUUUUUUUUGUUCAUAUCAAGUACAGAAAAGUCAUUAUCCUUUUUUUUUUUCCUUCUAGCUAGCUCUCUUUGCUUGUCUGCUGAGUGCUUUACUAUUUAUUCCAAAAGAAAUCCACAUAUAUAUUUAUUUUCUUUCUCAUUUUUCCUUGAUUUCAAUUUGCACGCUAUUUUUUUCCUUUGACUUCGUUACAAUUUACGAUUUUACAAAAUGGGUAGAACUUUAGUUUGCUCGAUUUUUCUUCCCUACACGAUAAACUUUCAUUUAGACGAACUUGAGGAUAAAGGUCACGAAAAUCACCCGGCUUCGAGCUCGUAUGAGAUUUCCAGAAAUAGAAGAAACUCAAUUCGCAUAGACAAUGCUCUCUCUCAUCUUGCUAUUUCCCAGAAAGAAAGCUCACAAGCCACUCCUGCCCCUUUGACUCCUGCUUUCUCCCCUCAGCAUGAGAAUACUUCCGAUUACUUUAACUUGAGCUCCUUUAAACGUGGAGGCGGUACAAAGACACCAAAAACGCCAAAAACGCCGAAUAUAGGUACUGCUUCACCUUUACCUAGUUCUGGUCGUUCUUCUCCUGUUUAUACCCAACCUCGCUCACGUGCCGGCUCCCCUCCACCAUUUGCUAAGCGUGAUGACCGAUUUGGUGCUCCUGGUCUGGGCACCAAACAAAAGCUUCUCCAAAAACGUCGUGAUUCUCUCAAGAAAGACGUUGCUUUAUUUGAUUCUGCUCGUUGGACAGUAGAGCGUGGAAUUAUCGGCAACAGUGGCUUAUUUCAUGCUGUAGAUGCUGCCGUCCGCGACAAGAAGCUGGUAAACAAUGUGUGGGUAGGUCUCCUGGGUAUGCCCACUGAGACUCUUUCCAAGAAGACAAAAGAUGCUAUUUCUGCAGCCUUAUUAGUCAAACAUCAAUCUUUGGCUGUAUACACAUCCGACUCUGAUUUCGAAGGCCACUAUAAUCAUUAUUGUCGAAAGAUUUUAUGGCCUUCUUUGCAUUACCAGCAUAAUGAAAUUUUCUCUUUUUUCCAUGAAGAGAGCAAUUGGGAUGCCUACGUGAGGGUCAAUCAAGCAUUUGCUGACAAAGUUGUUGAAAGUUAUCAUCCCGGAGAUACCGUUUGGGUGAAUGAUUAUCAUCUUCUUCUUGUACCUGAAAUGGUGCGAAAAAAAAUGCCUAAUGUUGCCAUUGGUCUUUUCAUUCACGUUUCUUUUCCUUCUUCAGAAGUCUUCCGCUGCUUUGCACGCAGAAACGAGCUUUUACGUGGUAUGCUGGGGGCCAAUUUGAUUGGCUUCCAAACUGAAGAAUACAAGCGUCAUUUUCUUCAGUCUUGCUCUCGCGUCAUAUAUGCUGAAGCGACUUUUGAUCGCAUCCUUCUUGAAGAUCGUUAUAUCGAUGUUUAUUCUCAUCCCGUUAGUGCGGACCCUGAGGCGGUUCAAGCUUACUUGGAUAAUGAAGAAACGAUUGACACGAUAAACCUUCUAAAAAAAAGAUAUGAGAAUCUGAACAUAUUUGUAGGUUGCGAUAAAAUGGACCCCAUUAGAGGAAUCCGUGAAAAGCUUUUGGCUUUUGAGCAGUUUCUUUAUGAUAACCCUUCAUAUCAAAAAAAUACCAUCUUGUUACAAACGGCGACCAUGACCGAGGAUGCCCGUAAGUAUGGAGUGGAAGUUUCAGAAAUUGUAACUAGGAUUAACUCAACGUUUGGCGAUUUUUCCAUAGAUCACCUUCCUGUGACUUUUCUUUCAAGUGAUUUAACUUACCCUCAGUACCUGGCUUUAUUGUCCAUUGCAGAUGCCUUCAUUGUGUCUUCUUUGCGUGAAGGAAUGAGUCUUACCUGUCAUGAAUUUAUUUUGUCCCAAAAAGAGAAAAAGUCACUUUUGAUUGUUAGCGAAUUUAUUGGGUGCGCUGCAUUCUUCCGCAAAGGUGCUUUUAUAGUAAACCCAUGGAGCUUUUUAGAAAUGAGCCAAGCUAUGCGAGAGGCCUUAGAGUUAGAUGAUUCGAGCAAAAUCAAACGCUAUGAGUUAUGCUUAAAUGUAAUUAAUAGUCACACGGCUUCUACAUGGGCUGCCGAAUUUGAGAACAAAUUGAGAAAGUCGUGGUCGUCUCAACAAAAACAUGAUCUUUCUCAUAUACCCAGAUUUACUUUGAACUUUGUCGGUAGUCGAUAUGCCAAUGCAAAGAAGCGUCUUUUAUUUCUGAACUUUGACGGACAAGCUGUUUCCUGGGAAGGACGCCAUGAGUUUGUGGAUUUCCAUUAUGGAUAUAUGAUUAAUAUAUUGACACGAAUGGUGAAUGAUCCAAAAAAUAUUGUUUACAUAUGCAGUUGUCUAGAUCGAGAUGAAUUAGAAACUUUCUUUGUAAAUAUUCCUGGAAUGGGUUUGAUUGCCGAAAACGGAUGUUAUGUGAAGCCACAUACGGCAAGCGAGGAUAACCUGCAAACUUGGAUUCGUCUCUUUAAAAAGGAGCAGAUGGCUUGGCGUGAAUCCAUGCACGAUAUUAUUGAAUAUUACAGUGAGAGAACUCCCGGCUCUGCUUUAAUCGAUCAUGGAUAUGCAAUGGAAUUCAAUUAUGUCAAAGUUGAAAACAGGGAUAGUGGUUUGAGAAACGCCGUUGAAUUAUGUAGUAGUGUAAAUGAAACCGGACAUGCAUGUAAGGCGAUUCCUAUGGAAGGUCACGUUUUGGUGGAACCGAAGGAUAUUUCAAAGUCCACAGCUGCGGAUUAUACCUUAAAAAAAAUCCUACACGAGCCCAGUGAUUUGGACUUGGUUUUGGUAGCUGGUAACAACCGUACCGAUGAAGGUACCUUUAUUUGGGCAAACCGACUGCCUGUUUUUUCAUUUACAGUCUCCAUGAGAGUUGAAAAUACCGAGGCUCGUUCAUAUACUGAUGGGAUUCCCAGCUUUCUCAAUGUUUUAAACUCGUUAUGUGAUUGAUGAGCUAACUAUUAUGAUACUUAUCUGAUUUCUGCAUUUUUAAGUUGCUAUGUUGCUUCUGCUUUUCCCAUGUCUUUAAAAAUUAUGCUUAUGAUUUAAGUUUAUAUACGAUAAUUUAUGAUGGCUUAAAAAUAGCUUUUUACUAUGUGUACUAUUCAUAUUCCUUUAUAUUUCC